AUGCAGCGGUCGACAGGGAAAGCAUCUAAGUUGCGCCGCGAUCAGAUCAACUCGGAGAUUGAAACAUUACGGCACCUACUACCACUGCCGUCCGCCGUCAAGGCGAGGCUGAGUUAUCUUCAAGUCAUGUCGCUUGCCUGUGUCUACAUACGUACGGGAAACUUCUUUUCUUCUUAUACAAAAGGUAUGGAUCAGGAGCAUCAUUACACCUCUUUGAACGGGGGAGGGGUUUUAGUUGAUGCAUGGAUGGUUGGAAAUGAAUCCAACGGCGAGAUGACAAGGUCAUCAAGUCAGACAUCCUCACUUGCUACAGUCGAGAUAACCCAGGCUUUAUCGGGAUUUCUGCUUUUAGUACGACCAUCAGGAAAGAUUCUUCAUGUAUCAGAAAACGUCAUCGAUCAUCUAGGGCAUUCCAUGGUAAGACGAAUAUUUCUCUUGAAUCUAGACAUCUUGAGAUGCAUCUACAAAUUUCAAGAGCUCAUGUCCAUGUGCGGACAUGCCUUGUGCGUUCCAUUGGAGAAUGGAAAGCACAGCUAUUGUUGUUAA